CUUCUCUCGCGUUGUAUGGGGUUGCAGCUGAUGUGAGUUGCGCUGUGCGGCCGGGCCGGCGUCGCUGGCUCUCUCUCCCUCUCUCUCUCUGUUCCCCUCCAUCCUCACCGCUGCACCCCGCAUGCAUGCCCGCCUACUGACUCUCAUCCCCACUCUCCACCUCCCCACUGCCUGGCUGCUCCUCGUCCCCACUCUCUCCCUCUCUCCCCCUUUCUGUCUACCCGCUCCUCGUCCCCACUCUCUCCGCCGCUCGUCCCCACCCCCUUCCUCGCCGGCUCCCGGGAACAAAGCUCGGGCGGCAGGGCCCCGGGUUGUCGCUCCGCGGCUCCACUGGUUUAAAGCCCUCGUUCAUUAUCUCCCUCCCCUCUCCGUCCACCCCCCUCCCUCCUCCCAGAGCAGAGGGAGCGAGCGAGCCAGAGAGAGAAAGAGGGAACGGCGGUCGAUGUGUCUGCGUGAGUGCAGGGCGAAGGGGAGACACAGAGGGAUCGCAGCCACAGCUGCCUCCGCGCGUCUGGACCUGACACUAUUCCGAGGGACUAACAUGUACGUGGCUGAGGAUGUGAUGUUGCCCACCUAGGAUCAGCGCUGCUGCCCCACCCCAACCUUCCCCCAGGAUGCUGGGAAUCUGCAGAGGGCGCAGGAAGUUCCUCGCAGCCACGCUCUCCAUCCUCUUCGUGCCAGCAUUCACCUGGAUUUACCUCUUCUCCGGCUCGUUCAAAGAUGAGAAGCCGGUCGCACUGACUCCCUACGAAGCCCCUGCGAAUAGCCCUCGGUAUGUGUUCAACCAGAGAGAGCGGGAAUCCCUGGAGGUGCGCGUGCGAGAGGUCGAGGAAGAAAACCAGGCCCUUCGUAAGCAGCUCAGCCUUGCCCAGAACAGAGUCCAUCGCCAUAGAAACCAUUCCAAAAGCUACUCCACGGAGGAAGGCACCGGAGACAACGAGGGGGUCCAUGCUGUGACCUGGAACAGCUCGGAGUGUGGCAGACAUCCCACUGUGGAAAAGUGCGAGACAAUCCACAUCGCAAUUGUGUGUGCAGGAUAUAAUGCAAGCCGUGAUGUUGUGACACUUGUGAAGUCUGUUCUAUUUCACCGGCGAAACCCUUUGCAUUUCCAUUUCAUCACCGAUGCUAUUGCCAAGCAGAUCCUGGGCUAUCUCUUUGAGACGUGGAUGGUGCCAGCAGUGACCGUCAACUUUUAUGAUGCUGAUGAAUUGAAGCCAGAGGUUUCGUGGAUUCCAAACAAGCAUUACUCAGGGAUAUACGGGCUGAUGAAGCUGGUCCUCACCAAGACUCUGCCUGCCACUCUGGAACGGGUCAUUGUGCUGGACACCGACAUCACCUUUGCCACCGACAUUGCCGAACUUUGGGCUGUGCUGCACAAGUUCAAAGGACAGCAAGUCCUUGGCUUGGUGGAGAACCAGAGCGACUGGUACCUUGGGAACCUGUGGAAGAAUCACAGACCUUGGCCAGCGUUGAGUCGAGGCUACAAUACAGGUGUUAUCCUGCUACUGUUGGACAAGCUGAGGAAGAUGAAAUGGGAGCAGAUGUGGCGUCUGACGGCAGAGCGCGAAUUGAUGAACAUGUUGUCCACUUCACUUGCUGAUCAGGACAUCUUCAAUGCCGUCAUCAAGCAGAAUCCUUUCCUGGUGUACCAGCUUCCAUGCUUCUGGAACGUUCAGCUGUCCGAUCACACACGCUCCGAGCAGUGCUACAAGGACGUGUCAGAUCUCAAGGUGAUCCAUUGGAAUUCUCCCAAGAAACUGCGAGUGAAGAACAAGCAUGUGGAAUUCUUCCGGAACCUUUACCUGACGUUCCUUGAAUACGACGGGAAUCUCCUGCGGCGGGAGCUGUUCGGAUGCCCCAGUGAGAUCGACAAGAACAGUCUGAAUCUUCAGAAGCAGUUACUGGAGCUGGACGAAGAUGAUCCCUGCUACGAGUUCCGGAGGGAACGUUUCACCGUCCAUCGCAACCAUCUCUACUUUUUGCACUAUGCGUUUGAGCCCUCCGCUGAACGCACCGAGGUCACGCUGGUGGCUCAGCUCUCCAUGGACAGGCUGCAGAUGUUGGAGGCGAUCUGCAAGCACUGGGAGGGCCCCAUCAGCCUGGCCCUCUACCUGUCCGACGCAGAGGCCCAGCAAUUCCUCCGCUAUGCCCAGGGCUCCGAAGUGCUCAUGGGCAGGAGCAACGUGGGCUACCACAUCGUCUACAAGGAGGGCCAGUUCUACCCUGUCAACCUGCUGCGCAACAUCGCCAUGAAGCACGUCAACACGCCCUACAUGUUUCUCUCCGACAUCGACUUCCUGCCUAUGUACGGUCUCUAUGAGUACCUCAGGAAGUCCGUUGUCCAGCUUGAUAUGGCUCACACUAAAAAAGCUCUAAUUGUGCCAGCGUUCGAGACUCUCCGCUAUCGUCUAUCCUUCCCAAAAUCCAAAGCGGAGUUAUUGUCCAUGUUAGACGUGGGGACGCUCUUCACAUUUAGGUACCAUGUUUGGACGAAGGGUCACGCUCCAACCAACUUUGCCAAGUGGCGGACAGCCACCACCCCUUAUCACGUCGACUGGGAGGCAGACUUUGAGCCUUAUGUUGUAGUAAGGCGUGACUGCCCAGAGUAUGACCGGAGGUUCGUCGGGUUUGGCUGGAAUAAAGUAGCGCAUGUCAUGGAACUGGAUGCGCAGGAAUACGAGUUUGUUGUCCUCCCCAACGCAUACAUGAUCCACAUGCCUCAUGCUCCCAGCUUUGACAUCACCAAAUUCCGCUCCAACAAGCAAUAUCGGAUCUGCCUGAAGACUUUGAAGGAGGAGUUCCAGCAGGACAUGUCCCGCCGCUAUGGGUUUGCCGCUCUCAAGUACUUGACUGCCGAGAACAACAGCUGAGAUCGCGGCAAGCUGCCUCCGAACCACCUUCACUUGUAUUGCUGCGAGGAGUGAAAUGGGGCUGCCGUGUACAGAGAGACAUGCAGAAAUAGAAACCAAAAUUUACGUGUGUGCCCGCCAACUGUCAGGCUUUGGGUGGAAAGGUUGUACCGACAAGAGCUUAUUCUGAGUCCUCCAAAGGCGCUGUUGAAAUAUUCCUGUUGUUCACUAUUUAAGACCUCCCCACUGUCCCACCUCAUUUAUUGCCUUGCCCUCUCUCGGUGGGUCACCAAUGUCCAAGCAGCCCCGUGCGGAUGGAGGGCGGGAAGGUCCGGGCUUUUGUACGGAAGCCGUUCCCUGCAACAUCCGUUGCCCGGUGACCAGAGGAGCUCCAUCCUUGAGUGCACCCUUCAGGAGCUGGCCACUUUAUUCCUGUGGCCUCGUGUGCGCGAACACUCGCACACUCUCUCUCUCUCUCUCUCGCAAUCACGCACACACACACAUACACACACACUUGCACACACACACACACACACACACACACACACA